CGCCAGCUUGGCCAGCAGAAUCACCGAUCAGAUCAGAUCGUACCGGUGGCGCGAACGAUCCAGCGGCGCACACAAGACACCAAGGUCUGUCCCCGCAAAAGAAAAAGUCUUCGCAAGUCUCGGACUCUGGCUCCUCAAUCCCAUCCCGGGUGUGUUUCGUUGUUGUGUGGUUUUGAUUCCAUUCCGGACGCUUGAAGGUUUUUUUUCGGGAAAUUCUACUUAGUGUGUGAAAGGCUCUUAUUAAGUUGGUGCAUGUGUUUGUCUUAUCAAUUAUCGUGCGAGUGGUUGCCCGAAUGGCUUACUCAUCCUGGAAGGAUAUUGAUACAUCUUGCUAACUGUUUUCCAAUUCUGUCCUCAGGAAACGUUAACCUUGUGAACAAGCGUGCAGUGUCUGAUAGCAGAAACAAUUGCAAAUAUUGAUCCAGCAGCAAAGUGAAUUUAGCAAACGCUGUUCGUGUCUGUGAAACAGUACAAAGAUGUGUCGAGUUGUGUGUAGUGUCCGAGCUCCAGCAGCAAUGUUACCCCUUGGACUGUCAUCCCCUAGUGGACAAUAGACUAGGGCGGCCCUAGGUCUUAGCAAGCUGCAAUCUAACCUGCAAGCUAGUGGAUCCUAAUUCCACAAGGACGUUAUCGGGUGUUUAAAGUAUACAAGUGUUGGGCAGUGACUCCAAGUGACAGUUCUUUCCGUGAAGAAGUUGUGUUCGUAGUGUCGUUGUUAAAACAGUUUAAUCUUCAAAAAAAGAUAGUGAUCAUACGUGUUUGUGUGCAUUUGAUUGUGUGUGACAGUGUGCGGGUAAUAAAAAAAAACAAAAAAAUAAAAGGAAAUAGAAGCAAAACAGCGCGCUUUGACCUCAAUUCGGUGUUUGGCGUGACGCGGACUGACGCGGGUUUUUUGCAUUGGUGGUGGGCAUUCGGAAGAUGUCGCAACAGUUAAACAGCCACGGUACUACUAUGCUCGGUAGUAUUGCGAACAGUAUCGGAACGAACAAUAGUAUCGCCUGCAGUAUGGGCAACAACAUCCCGAACAAUCUGACCACCAUCCCGAACAGCAUGAUCGCCACCAUGUCCAGCCCGGCCGGUAACGCCUCGAACGGUCCGACGAGCAACGGUGCCAACAGCAAUGGGGCCAACGGUAGCAGCAACGGCCCGUCUUCGACACCGGCCACCCCAACCAACAACUGUCAGUCGAUCCGUUACUGCUGGGAAGCUGAUAAGGUCAAAACACUGAUCCGGCUGCGCGCUGAGCUGUCGCCUCUGUUUACCGGAAAGCGCAACGCAUCGAAGUAUGCCUGGGCUGUGGUUGAACGAGAACUCAGCGUGCCUUUACCGAUUUCGAAAAUCAUCAAAAAAUGGAACAAUCUCCUGCAGGAGUACAAGGCGAUCAAAAUGUCCGAGGAGCCGAAGCGUCGCGAGUGGCCAUUCUUCAACCUGAUGGACGUGUACUUCAGCGAUCAGGUGAACGAUCCGACGCUGCGCCUGUUCUCCUCGACCAAGCGGUUCGACUCGGACACGCUGGACGACGCCCAGUUCGACGACGAGAUCAUGAACUCGACGGCAGCGGCCGCGAUCGCCGCGGCUGCCGCAGCGUCGGCCGCCGCCGCCAACGCCGCUAGUCAGCACAAGAUCAAGAACGAGCUGAUCGCGAGCCACGGGCACAGCGGCGGCAGCAUGCUGGACAUUUCGGACAUCAUCGGGGACGAGCACGGCGAGUCGAAGUUCGACCAGUUCAAGCGGGAGAUCGUGCUGAGCCAAAUCCAGGAAAUAACGCGCGCCGGCAGCGGCGGGGGCGGCGGUGGCGGUGGCGGUGGCCGCAAGGAGAAAAACAACAACAAUAAGGAUCACCACAACAACAAUAACAACAAUAGUAGCAACAACAACAACAACAACAACAAUACCAACAACAGUGUCAGCAACAACAAUAGCAACAACAGCAACGCGAGCAACCAUUCGCCCAGCAACAACAGCGCUAACAGCAGCCCGAACGGGGCCGGCCACAAUGGCAACGCGACGCUGGAAAGCAAGCACAAGCUGAUGGAAUCGCUCAACCUCAGCCCAGGCGGUAGCCACCUGACGACGAGCGGUGUCAGCUCGCUCAGCACGACCAGCAACAGCAGCAGCGGGUCGGCCCGGGACGAGGCGAGCAGCCUGAACAGCAGCCCGACCAGCCACAUGAGCAGCGGACCGCCCACCAACGGGCCGGAGCUGCGCAAAAUGUCCAACGGCCCGACGGCGGACUUUAGUGCGCUGCUGGCCGCGGCCAACAGCCACACGAACGGUACCCUGCACAGCAACAGCAGCGCGCUCAGCAGCACCGACCGGGACACGGACUACGAUGACUAUGCGGAGCGGAGCAGCCUGUAUGACGGUGGCAACAAUCAUCUCAAGACCCUCAACCAGAAGCUGCUCCAUCAGAUGAACGAACAUCACAACAUCGAUCAGUACCUCCUAUCGUGGCGCGGAUUCCACGGCAACAUGUGCAAAGGAUUCCACAGCCUGCAGCGGGACGGACAGAUGGUGGACGUGACGAUUGCCGCCGGCGGCAAGAUCUUCAAGGCGCACAAGCUCGUCCUGUCCGUGUGCAGCCCGUACUUCCAGAAGAUCUUCCUCGAGCACCCGUCCCAGCACCCGAUACUGUUCAUGACCGACGUCAACAGUCACCAUAUGGCCGGUCUGCUAGACUUCAUGUACAGCGGUCAGGUUAACGUCAAGUACGAGGACCUGCCCAACUUCCUGAAGGUGGCGGAAGCGCUACAGGUGAAGGGGCUGCACGGCGAGAGCACAAACGACUCUGAGGAGCGAGACUACCAGCAGCAGCAGCAUCAGCACGCCCUGCGGUUGCAAGAGCAGCAGCGAUUGUACCACCAGCAGCAGCAACAGCAGCACCAGCAGCAGCUACAUCAGCAACAGCAGCAACAGCAGCAACAGCAGCAACAGCAGCAGCAGCAACAGCAGCAAAAGCUUGCCCAACAACGUCAGCAGCUGCUACAGGUCGCUCAGCAGCAGGCACAUGCCCAAGCACAGCAGCAGCAUCAGCAGCAGCAACAGCAGCAACAGCAGCAGCAGCAGCAGCAGCAGCAACAGCAGCAAGCAGCAGCAGCGGCCGCCGCCCAGCAGCAAGCCGCCGCCGUUGCAGCCGCCGUCGCCCAUCAGCAGCAGCAGUUCCAGCACCAUCGCAACAACUUCAAGGAGCUGAUGAAGGCGAAGCAUGCGGCCGCGGCCGUCGUACUCAACGAAGACUAUCUCAACAACAACGCUAGCAACGCGAACAACAACAACAGCAGCAACGGCAACAAUGGCAACCUCGCCAGCAAUGGCAACGCGAACGGGCCCCUGUCCCCGUACGCCAGCAAAAAGAUGCUCGACACGCAAAAGUACCAGAAGUACUACUCGAAGCGCAAGCUGGUGCAGCAGUACGAGCAGGAGAUGCGGGCCGAGAAGCGCAAGCUCGGCAUCGAGGAUGUGAUACAGGCGGCGGCAGCCGCGAACGCACUCAACCUACGCCUCAACAACGGUGGCAGCCCGAUCGGUUCGCCGACGGCCGUCGCGGCCGCAGCAGCGGCUGCUGCGGCAGCCGCCGCCGCACUCAACCCGCCCGGGACGCCCACAAACGGUGGCACUAGCACGGACGAUGAACAGCACCAGCAGCAGCAGCAGCAGCAACACCAGCACGGUCAGCAAACGCCCGUACUGCUGCAGAACAUCAAAUCGGAGCCACAGUACGACGACGAGGACGAGGGCAUGGAGGUGGACCAGGACAACAACAACUCGCUGAACGCUGCGAACGCCAACACUGCCCACAACAACAACAACAACAACGAGGACGAUUACUACGGACAGCACGAUCAGGGCGUGAUAACGACGGGCAAUGGCAAAACGAUCAAACAUUCCAUACUCGAGCCAAAUAUAGUAUUAAAGCAGAGCGACGAAUGUCUCACGACCAACAAUCAAACGGGUAGCCUGAAUCUGUGCAAGAACGUCAGCUAAUCGGCUCGAUCGCACUGUUGCGGUGGGCCUUGCUCGUUGUUUGGCGCAAGCGUCCUCAAACAGGGGGUGCAGAGAUGCAAGGAUUGUGGACGGCUUGGACGGGGGCUGGGUGUGUAGACGAGAAGUGGAGACUGUAGAUAGCUAGUAAGGGAGGACAGUGUAACGUGUAAGCUAACUUAUUUAUUUGCUGUGUGUAUGUGUGAGUCGUGUAAGUGUGACGUAACUGUGAGUAAUGGAAAGGAGGCUGCUUGAGCGAUCAUUGCCUGAUAAUAAUAAUAAUAAUGAUAAUAUUUACAAUAAUAAUAACAAUAAUACGUAGU